AAGGCAUCGUCGGUGCACUGCAAUGAUCACAGCAAGCAACAGCAGCGUACCACGGCCACCCUGAGUGGCGGGGCGCACAUUACCAUGUCGAGUGCCUCGCCAUGGCACGGCAUUGGCUCCCCCCUCCAUCUAAGUGGUGGGGCACGCUCCCGCAGACGCUCGACAGUAGCGCCCAUGCGGCGGCCAUUGGCAAUCUAUCGGCGGUUAACACUAGCGUCAGCAUCAAGACUUACAACAACAAUCAGCAGCAGCAGCAGAAUCAUGUCAUUGCUUCGCAACGGAAUGACGUCCUCUUUGAGAAGGACUAUCAUGGUGUGUCCCCAGCCAGCCUGCAACAGCACCAGUCGCACCAUCGGGGAGCUGGCGUGCCCCAUCAUCAUUUGGCGGGGACUCCCGGAGCGCCAAAUAUACGAGUCGGAGCCGGCGGCAGCGUCAUGGUGGCCUUUGAGAAGGAGCAUCGCAACAAUCAUCAUGUACAGAAGUUCGUGGGAGGACACUCGCAGAACCAGAACCUGUCGCAUGGCCACAAUGCCAAGAAGUCGCCCAGCUAUGGCCUCUCCUCGGUAAUUGGAUCCUUGCCGCACCUUUCGGACAAUAACCUAGACCGCAGCUCGCCGGGAAUCAACUAUGGUGCGACCGCUGUCCUGACCGCUAUCCACCAUGCGGGUCCGAAUAACUCUGCAGCAGCAGCAGCCGCCGCCAGACGGCAGGGCGGCGAGGACGGUGGCCUGUAUGGGAGUGGCGGAGCAGGCGGACCGCCGCCGGCCAAGCGAUCCAAGACCUUUUGCAGGGAUGUCAGCUUCUCGGAGGCAUCCAGCAAGUGCACCAUCUCGGAUGCGGCCUUUUUCGAUAAGGUGCGCAAGGCACUGCGCAGUCCCGAGGUGUAUGACAAUUUCCUGCGAUGUCUGACGCUAUUCAAUCAGGAAAUUGUGUCAAAAGCGGAACUCCUGGGACUCGUCUCACCCUUCCUGAUGAAGUUUCCCGAUCUUCUACGCUGGUUCUCCGACUUUCUGGGCCCGCCCAUUGGUUCGGGUCAGGGCCAGGGCCAGGUGGGAGGAGCAGGAGGCGCAGGACUUAUCGAUGGCAUGCCCCUGGCGGCCACACAACGACAGGGCGGCAGCAGCAACAGCAGCUCCCAUGAUCGGGACCGCGAACGGGGCGACAAUCAUCCCACUGCCGUCGAAUAUGUUCAAGAUGUGGAUCUGUCGGCGUGCAAGCGACUGGGCGCCUCCUACUGUGCCCUGCCGCAGUCGUCGGUGCCGAAAAAGUGCAGCGGACGUACGGCCCUUUGUCGUGAGGUGCUCAACGACAAGUGGGUAUCCUUUCCCACGUGGGCCAGUGAGGAUUCCACAUUUGUCACGUCGCGCAAAACGCAGUUCGAAGAGACAAUUUACAGGAAUAUUCACAGAACGGAGGACGAGCGAUUGGAGCUAGAUCUGGUCAUCGAGGUGAACAGCGCCACCAUCCAGGUGCUGGAGGGUGUCAACAAGAAGAUGUCGCGCAUGUCCAGCGAGGAGUUGGCCAAGUUCCAUUUAGAUGACACUCUGGGCGGCACAUCGCAGACGAUACACCAGCGCGCCAUUCAUCGGAUAUACGGCGACAAGUCGGGGGAGAUAAUCCAAGGCAUGAAGAAGAACCCCUCGGUGGCCGUGCCCAUUAUCCUGAAACGGCUGAAAGUCAAGGAGGAGGAAUGGCGGGAUGCACAGAAGGGCUUCAACAAGCAGUGGCGCGAGCAGAACGAAAAGUAUUAUCUCAAGUCACUGGACCAUCAGGCAAUCAACUUCAAGCCCAACGACAUGAAGGCCCUGCGCUCCAAGAGUCUGUUCAACGAGAUCGAAACGCUGUACGAUGAGCGGCACGAUCAGGAGGAUGAUGCCAUGGAGCAGGCUGGACCCCAUCUUUUGCUGCCCUACAAAGACAAGACCAUACUGGAUGAUGCCGCGAAUCUGUUGAUCCAUCAUGUCAAGCGGCAGACGGGCAUACAAAAGCAGGAGAAGCAGAAGAUCAAGCAGAUCAUACGACAAUUUGUGCCUGACCUGUUCUUUGCGCCGCGGCAGCCGCUCAGCGAAGAUGAGCGGGAUGAGGAUGACAAUAUCAAAAUGGACGUAGACCAGUCGCCGCUGGGUCGAGCCGACUCGGUGACUCGAAAUACCAAGGGAUCGCCCAGCGAGGGCGGAUCCCCAGCAUGCAGCACGGCGAGCACCAGCAGCAGUGCGGCGGCGGCUAAAAAUGAAGCUGAUGAUGUCAAGACAACGACGGGAUCAACAGCGACGACAGCAUCUUCAUCAUCUACGACAACAACAACGACGACGACGACGUCCGCGAGCUCAUCUACAGACGAUGCAACGCCAUCAACAUCCUCAGCGGCGGCAGUAACAGCAGCAGCAGCAGUUGCAUCUGGAUUAGAGGCCAAGACAAAGGAUGAGACUGUGUCCAACCGAGAUGAGGCAGCAGGCAGCAGUACCACCACCAGCACUGGCAGCGUAGUGUCCAGUCCCAGGCCAGGACAAGAUUCAGCAGCAGCAGCAGUAAAUCCCAGCGAUGUGGAAAUCAAGCAAGAGCAGCCACACUCUGACUUUGUCCGUCCCAAGCUUUUGCCACAGCAUGUACAGGGCCAGCAUGAGGAUGAAUCCUACUCGCUUUUCUUUGCCUCCAACAACUGGUAUCUGUUCCUGCGCUUACACGCGAUUCUCUGCGAUCGUCUUCAUCAUAUGUACGAGCGGGCGCGUCUACUGGCCAUCGAGGAGGAGCGUUGUCGGGUGAAUCGGCGAGAGAGCACCGCCACCGCGCUGCGGCUCAAGCCCAAGCCCGAGGUUGAAGUGGAGGACUACUAUCCCACCUUUCUGGAUAUGCUCAAGAAUGUCCUAGACGGCAACAUGGACUCGAACACGUUCGAGGACACGAUGCGUGAAAUGUUCGGCAUUUACGCCUACGUAUCCUUUACGCUGGACAAGGUUGUCUCGAACGCCGUUCGCCAGCUGCAGUAUUGCGUCACUGAGCGAGCCGCCUUGGACUGCGUGGAGUUGUAUGCCACCGAACAGCGGCGCGGCAGCACUGGCGGCUAUUGCCGCGAUGCCCACAAAACGUUCGACCGCGAGAUGAUGUAUCAGCGCAAGGCGGAGAGCAUGUUCAACGAAGAGAACUGCUUCAAGGUGUUCAUCUACAAAAUUAGCUGUCGCGUUACCAUCGAACUGCUCGACUCGGAGCCCGAAGAGGCGGACAAGCCGGCGCUGAAGGCCCAAAAGUUCAGCAAAUACGUCGAGAGAGUAGCGAAUCCAGGUCUCGGCGGCAGUGGCAGUGGGAAUAGUGCAGCCCUGAGCAGCGACAACAUUGUGGAAGAGUCCGACAUCAAGACGGAGGAGGAGGAUGAAAAUGCCGAGCAUUCGCGAGGAGGAGGAGGAGCACCCAAGGCACGUUUCCUGCAGCGCAACAAGCGCAGGUCGCAGCUACACGAGGAGCAAGUGCGCCAGUUGUUUGAUCAGAAGAGGAGCCGGAGUGAGCAUGUGGCAGCCGCAGGAGCCUCCACGACUAACGCUGCUGAGGCAGGCUCUGAAGCCAGUUCAACCGGCAGCAGCACCAAUAAUAAUAACAACAACAACAAUAACAAUUGGGGAAAGCGUCUGCCGGGAGCCCUACAGGUGGGCCUGGCCGAGCAGUAUGCCUUCAACGAUCGCGAUGAGAUCACCAGAAAUUCCAGCAACGGCCGAUGCUUUGUGACCAGCAAGAAUCUCAAGCUUCUCAAGUACGAUGCAGUGCGUCGUGCCAAGAAGAGUCAUUGCCGCGUCACUCAGGCGAAGUACGUGCGGUAUCAGGCCUACGUCAACAAUUGGCUGCAGCAGCACGUCAGCGAGCAACUGCUGCAGAACUGCAGCGAUUGGCUGCUGGGAAAGAAGGCGGAUCAGAUCAAUGCCAGUGGCUGGGGUGCCACCUGUAAGACCAAGUCGCUGCAGCAGAAGGAUACCUCCAAGCCCCCUUACCGCGUGUACACGAGAUACAAGGUCAUUCAACUUGGCGGCAGUGCGACGGGCGGCGGCUCAGUUGGUGGUCUGAUGGGCGGAACGGCGCCAUCAGCAACCACAGAAAACGCGGCAACAACAUCAACAGUAACCACUGUGUUGGCCGCCGCCGUGUCCUCCACCCACCCAAUAACCAAUAGCAGCAGCAGUAGCAGAAUUUUGUCAGGGGACUCGACCAACACCACUAAUACCCCACAGCAGCAUUGCAACAGUGCGGCAGCAGCAGCAGCACCCACGAAUGCCGCCGAGGCCCUGCAGCAGGUGCGUCCGAUGGAGAGCUAACCGGAGCGGGCAGCAGGAUCAGCAAAUGGAGCAGGAGCAUGGUCAGAUUCUGCCUGCAUAUGACGAUAUAAAGAUGCAAUGGGUGAUUUGUCUGUAUUCAAUAAAAAAAUUUAAUUAUAAAUGUGAUACCAGCCGCAGUUCGGCGCGGCUUUGGAUAUUGGAUAUAUAUUUCAUCGAAACGAAACAAAGCUCUUUUCACAUUGUACAAAAAGUCAUUUAAUCAUAGGCGUUUUGCUCAAAAACGAGAAUUAGAUAGGCUUACAGCUUGCAUAACUUUUAGCGUUAGAGUUCACCUAUGGCAGCGCGCUUUGUUUAUAGAGGCGCUUGUUUUUAUUGAGCUAGCAUUAAGUCAGACCCCUUUCUACCCACUAACGCAACCUAACUUGAUAAGCCAUAUAUAUAGUAUAUACAUAUGUAUAGCUAAAGCACAGCAAACCCAUUGAGAAACGAGUUGUGCUAGUAAUUAGAUUUCAGAACACGUCUGUUUAGCGCUAAGAUUUUAUCUUUUACUUUUUCCUACACAUGUGUGACGUGACGUAUUUUUAUACAAAAGAAAGCCCAACAAAACAAUCGCAUCGCCCACACACAAAACCUUGUAAAAUUCCUUGUGAAUACUAUUAUAUUAUAGAUAUCUACGUGCUUAAGAUCCCCCUAAAACUAAGUUGUAUAAACGUAAUGAGCAGAUUAAAAGAGUUUAUCAGAA